GAGUGUGUUACUGUCUCUUUAAGAGUUUAACCCUUCCUCCUCCUCUCCUCACUGACUGUGUGUCUCAGUGUGUGUGUGUUUGUGUGUGUGUUUGUGGUGAUGGCCGCUGCUCGGGACUCUCUCUAUCUUGGCUUUGAUUUCAGCACUCAGCAGCUGAAGGUGGUGGCUGUGGAUGGAAACCUGAGCGUGGUUCAUCAGAACAACGUGCAGUUUGACUCUGAGCUACCUGAGUUCAGGACUCAGGGAGGAGUUCAUAUCCAUGCUGACAAACUGACGGUCACCUCACCUGUGCUGAUGUGGGUGAAGGCUCUGGACCUGCUAUUGGACAAGCUGAAGAGGGCGGGGCUUGACUUCUCCCGUGUCAGAGCGUUGUCAGGCAGCGGACAGCAACACGGCAGUGUGUUCUGGAGAAAAGGAGCUUCUGAGACCCUGAAACAGCUCGACCCAGACCAGGACCUGAACCAGCUGCUGCAGGACAGCUUCUCCGUGUCAGACUGUCCCGUGUGGAUGGACUCCAGCAGCACUCAGCAGUGUCAUGAGCUGCAGGCGGCAGCAGGGGGCGCUCUAAGACUGGCUGAGAUCACCGGAUCAAGAGCCUAUGAGCGUUUCACAGGGAACCAGAUCGCUAAGCUGCGUCAGACCCGACCAAACGAGUUCCAGGAUGCUGAGAGGAUCUCAUUGGUCAGCAGCUUCGCCGCCUCUCUCUUCCUCGGUGAUUACGCCGCCAUCGACUUCAGCGACGGGUCAGGGAUGAACCUGUUGGACAUCAGGACCAGAACCUGGUCUAAGAUCUGCCUGGAGGCCACGGCUCCUCACCUGGACAGCCUGCUGGGAACUCCUCUACCCUCCACGUCUGUACUGGGUCCGGUCUCCUCCUACUUCGUGCAGCGAUACGGUUUCUCUGACAGCUGCAGAGUGGUGGCUUUCACCGGAGACAACCCAGCGUCUCUGGCAGGAAUGAGACUCCAACAAGGAGACAUCGCCGUGAGCCUGGGGACCAGUGAUACGGUGUUUUUGUGGCUCCAGCAGCCUCGUCCGGCUCUGGAGGGUCACAUCUUCUGCAACCCGGUCGAUUGGCAGGCGUACAUGGCUCUGCUGUGCUUUAAGAACGGAUCUCUGAUGAGGGAGCGAAUCAGGAACGAGUGUACUGAAGGAUCAUGGGAACAUUUUUCUGCCUCCCUGAGAGACACGCCGCUGGGAAACAACGGACACAUUGGUUUGUAUUUCGACACGAUGGAGAUCACGCCUCCUGCAGUCGGCGUUCAUCGCUUCGACCAUGAAGACAACGAGGUGUCCUCGCUGAGUCCUCAGGUGGAGGUGCGGGCGCUGGUGGAGGGUCAGUUCCUGUCCAGGAGGCUCCACGCUGAGAGGCUGGGCUACUCCAUCAUUCCAGGAACCAGAGUUUUGGCAACAGGCGGAGCUUCAUCGAACAAAGAGAUCCUGCAGGUUCUGUCUGACGUGUUCAACGCUCCCGUUUACACCAUCGACAUCUCCAACUCCACCUGCCUGGGCGCCGCGUACAGAGCGCUGCACGGCCUCGUUGCUGAAACUGGAGUUUGUUUCUUUGACGUGGUGAAAAAAGCGCCAGAACCACAGCUGAUCGUCACGCCACAUCGUACAGCACAGGAGGUGUACGACACGAUGUUGAGACGCUUUGCCCGAUUGGAGGAGAGAGUCCUUCAGGAGACACGCCCCUGAGCCACAGCGACCAAUCAGCUCUUUGGAAAAGUUCAGUUAGAAAAAACAAAGUUUUCUAAAGUUGAUUUUAAAUGUGAAAUAUUAAAUAUUUACUCGAUUCCCAACAAAGAGCUGAAGAUGAAGAUA